AUGUCUCAACGAGCCACCAUCACAGGUCUACGCCUCCGCAGCCCUUCGGACGCGAGGGUCAUCUUCCACGCUGUCCAUCUGAAGAUUCUGCCGAUGGUCACCCGUCGGCUCGAUAAUGACGAGAGAAGCCUCAUCCAGCCAGGAUCCGUCUAUGUCUGGGAAGAACGCGGCCCCAAUGCUGAGCUCACUGGGACCGGAAUAGAGAGAUGGACUGACGGCAUUCGAUGGGGUCCGUCGCGCGUGCGCGAGGGGUUUCUCUUCUAUCAAGAGAAACAAGAUGAUCCCAAUUUGCCAUCCAAUGUGUACGCUGUACCUCUUUGCCCCUUAUCUUCCCGUGCAUUAAGCUCGUCAUUUAGGGAUCCCGCCAAGAUGAUCUUAACAAAACAAACAUACACCGUUUUCGUCGUCACGCCUGCCGGUAAAAGGAAAUGGCACCUAAUCGCGUAUUUCACCGAUGCCUCUCUCGAUCGGCUGAAAACAAUCGAUGACAUACCUCAGCUGGCGACUUUAGCCGUCCCCCACGAGAAAUACCAGACUGCACGCGCAGCAAAGGGGCGACCGGAGCACAUAUUUAAUAUGGCACAGUCCCACGGUGCAUCAUAUCCACGUCUGGAAUACGUUCCAUACACGCCCAAACAUAUACCGCCGUCUCCGUCGCCAUCGCCAAUUGACAUUUGUCCCACUGUUCUGCGAUCCGUCUCGACAUCCCCCGGUGCUAGACGCCAGAGUCCAAGCGCCACUCCCCCGCUAUCGAAAGAUACCCCCUCUCAUCGCCACGCCACAAUCCAAUUCUCUCCCAGCUCGCUUCCGCCUCUAGAGUACCUGCGGAACCAACCCAGAGUGCGCCGUUUUCCUGGCGAUGAAAUGGCUCUUGCGAAACUCGCACACGGGCAAUAA